GCUAUUGGCUGUCUCUAGGGAUAGGCGGGGUUAUUUCAGGGCGCGAAGACUCGAAGCGGGCUCCUACGCGGUUGUGUGGCGGGAGCGGGUCAGGGCGAUGGCGGCGGCGGCGGCGGCGGCUCCCGCCGAGUCUCCAUUAGAAGAUUUGAGUUCUGACUUGCAGAAACGCCUGGACAGUGACUCUGACAGCGGACAGGGCAGCUGUGAAACAGCCUCUCCGGGUCACCUCAGCAAAGGGCCAGCAUCUCCUGAUGACAGAGAUUCAGAGGAAGAGAUUUUUGUACGUAAAAAGACAAAAAGCAAGAAGGUGCUUCAGGACAGUGAGAGUGAAGAUGGAGAGGAUGUGCAGAAUGGAACUCCAGGGAAAGAUAAGGAAAAUGAGGAGGAAAAAGAAAAUAUUACAGCCCAGAGGAUCAAGAAACCCCAUCGGAUUCGCCAAGGCCUGUUAGAUAGUGAUGACAGUGACACUGGUGACCGACUGCAGGCUGAAGACCUUGAAUCAAGCAGGAGGUCUGGCUUGUCUGAGAAUGUGUUGGAAGAGGACAGACCCCUAAAAUCUGGGAAAAAGUACAGAAAACGUAAACCACGUAAAGGGGAUUUUGAAGAAGAGACAGCAAAAAAUGCUAUAGGAAAAUCAAGAAGAAAAAAGAAGGAGAGAAGAGCUGAGUCCAUUAAAAAGCUGGAAAAAGAGAAGCAGCCUAGCACAGAGCAUGUAGAUGGUGGUGAAAGGUAUCCUUUAAAUGACAGUGGAUGUCUUCUUGAUGAUAAGGAGCUCUUUGAUAACGGCUUAGAAGAGGAAAACGAGGAAGAAGAGUCAAUAGAAUCAAUACGAGCAGCAGUGAAAAACAAAGUGAGAAAAUACAAGAACAAAGAACGGUUUCCUGAGGAUGAAGGCUACAAACAUGCAUUUGAUGAUGAAGAUGAGGAACCUGUAGAAAAAGAACCAAAAAGGAAGGAACGGAAAGCAGCAAGGUUGAGUAAAGAAGCCAUUAAACAACUGCAUAGUGAGACCCAACGACUUAUUAGAGAAUCAUCAGUGUCUCUCCCAUAUCACGUGCCUGAGGCCAAAAGUGUUCAUGACUUCUUCAAGCGUAGACCUCGACCAGUAUGUCAAGGAAAUGCCAUGGCAUUACUGAAGUCUGCUAAAUACCAGCUAUCCCUAAAUGAAGAGCCUGCAGACAGUAAGAACUUCAGCACAGAUUGCAAAAAUGGGCAGAGAGAAAGUGAUCAAUCAGCAGCUAAUGAACCAGAAACAAUUCUUGGCAAAGAUGUUGGUGUUGCUGUGAGCAAGCCUCUUGUUGAUGUAGGGAAGAACUUGACAGAAGACUGCGCUGAAAAACCCCAGCAGGACAGUGGUGAUUGUCAGACAGUUGGGGCUGCAACAACUGAUAAUACAGGAGAGCAGCACUCUGAAUUGGUAAGCACUGAUACUCAUGAACAGAAAGAGAAUGAAAUACCUUUAGCAGUUGAUGGAGCUGCCCUUGAGCAAAGAGGUGAAACAGCACCAGAUGUACAAUGUGAAAAAAGCAAUCAACAAGAGGAGCCUGGAGUGGCGGCACAGCCUGAAAAAGUGAGGAAGUCCAAGUUGGAUAAACUUCGUGAACUGGGAAUAGACCUGUCCAUCAAGCCAAGAAUCAACUCUGGCAAUGAAUCCUUUAUAAACCUGGAUGAAUCUGAUUCAAGUAAAGAAUUGGAAGCCUUGAAAGCACGUUUCUUGAAGCACACUCUUCAGGCAUCAAAAUCCAAAGUUGAACGGACCAUAAACAUGAACAUUAUCCGUAAGGAGACUACAUCUGAAGGAAAGGAGGAACUCAAGGCAGAUGUGGUCCCAGCAGUGUUAGCAGCAGAGAGCCUGGAUGAAACAGUCCACACCAAGCCAGGUGAAAAGCUCCAAGCACUGAAGGCUAAACUCCAGGAGGCCAUGAAACUCCGCAGGACUGAGGAACGCCAGAAGCGGCAGGCGUUGUUUAAACUGGAUAAUGAGGAGAUGUUGGAGGAAGAAGAGGAGGAGGAGGAAGAGAUGACAGAUGAGUCUGAAGAGGAAGAAGGUGAUCAUGAGAACGUGGAAUUUCUGCUUGAUGAAGCAGAGGAGGAUAAUGAAGAUACAGAAGAGAAACAUGUUGAAGACUGUGAUAAAGAAACUGACAAAGAAUCAAUUGAUGGUGAAAAGCUGGAGAAAUCUCUGCACUGCGAUUCUGUUUUCAAACCACCUUCCACAGAGUCUACAUUGAUGCUUUUUAAGGACAGCUCCUCAAAAAUGGGGUAUUCUCUUCCUGAUGAGAAACUUGAAAUGGAAGAAGCUGCAGACAAAGGACCUACCAAGUUAGAGGAUGAUGAUUCCUUUUCCCUACCAACACUAGCAAAAGAGAAUAGCCAUAACAGCAGCUUUGAGUUGAUUGGCUCCAUGAUUCCAUCAUAUCAGCCCUGUAACAAGCAGGCAUCACGUGGAGGGAACUUAUCUGCAGCAGGAGGUUUCAGGUCACCUUCCCCAGGUUUUUUCAAAACGAGCUUUAUCAGCUCUGCUUCUAAGAGCUCAGGAAAGAUGUCUGAGCCUUCUCUUCCCAUAGAAGAUUCACAGGAUCUCUAUAAUGCCUCUCCUGAGCCAAAGAGUUUAUUUCCAGGGGCUGGGGAGUCACAGUUCCAGUUUUCUUUGGAAGAUGACACUCAGAGCCAGCUGCUUGAUGCAGAUGGGUUUUUGAAUGUUGGACAACAUAGGAAUAAAUACCAGUCUUCCAAGCAUCAGCUGCCUCUGGCUAGUAUGGAUGAGAAUGCGAUGGAUGCCAAUAUGGAUGAAUUACUGGAUUUGUGUUCUGGAAAGUUCAGCAGUCAAGCUGAACAUGUGCCAAAUACCGACAGCAACAAAAAGCAGAACAUGGAAGAAUUGCUCAAUCUUUGUUCAGGAAAAUUCGUGUCUCAGACAGGUUCCCCAACAUGGGCAUCGUCAAUAUCUUCCAAGGCAGAAAAAGACAGUGACAUAGAAGAUCCGAUGGCAGAAGCUCUAGCACUUUGUUCAGGCUCAUUUCCCACAGACAGGGAAGAGGAAGAUGAAGAAGAGCAAGAAGAACUCGGUGGCUUUCAGCUUUUAACAGAUGAUGAUGAGUGUGAAAAUGAAGAGGAUGAAAAAAGUGGAGACAGUGAUGGUGAAGCCGCAGAAACGAGUGAUGAAGAAGAGCAAUUGCUGAGACGUAGAAACAGCUUGAAGAAAAAACUAAGACUGCAGGAAUUCAUGGAAGAUGAGGCAGAGCUGUCGGGGAGUGAUGUAGGAAGUGAGGAUGAAUAUGAUGGUGAAGACCUCGAUGAAUAUGAAGAAGAGGUUAUUGAUGAGGAACUCCCUAAUGAAGAGGAAUUAGAAAACCAAGUACAGAAAUUACACAUGAAGGCAGUGCUAGAUGAUGACAAGCGCCAGUUACGCCUGUACCAGGAGAGAUACCUCAUUGAUGGUGACCUGCAUAGUGAUGGCCCUGGCAGGAUAAGGAGAUUCAGAUGGAAAAACAUAGAUUAUGCUUCACAGAUUGACUUGUUCCAGAGAGACUCAGAUAAUGAAGAGGAAAAUGAACAAUUUGAUGACACAGAAGUGAAAUGGAGGAAAGAGCGAUUUGAACGAGAGCAGUGGCUUCGUGAGCAGAAAGAAAAAAAUAAAGAGCAAGAGGAAGAGGAAGAAAUAGGUGAAGACAGCCAAUUCAUGAAGCUAGCCAAAAAAGUAACUGCUAAGUCCCUACAGAAGAAAGCAAGCCCAGCAGUAGUGGCACAAGACACAGCACUGUUACCUAGGAACCCCUUUGAAGCAUUCAGACCAGCCAGUGACGUCCAGAUAAAAAGCGGGUCUCUCUUGAACAGACCUAAAGCUGUCCUUCAGAAACUAGCAGCAAUGUCAGACCUUAAUCCAAACGCACCUCGAAAUUCAAGGAAUUUUGUCUUUCAUACGCUUUCCCCAGACAAGAGUGAAGAGGCAAAGGAGAAAUCCAGACUUCAGGUGAAGAAAAGAGGUCCUUCUGCAGUAAUAACACCUCAAGCCAAACGGUCUAAGGUGGACAGCACAGACGAAACAAGUCAAAGCCGAAGCAUAUUCCAGUACUUGGAGAGCUGAGUAUUUCUGCUUAGGGCCAGAGGUUGUAUCUGGUCUCUUUGCCAGCUGUGGUUUGUUUUGCAGGUCUGCCAGCAGCCAUCAGGAAGGUAAACAAGUUGCUGUGUGCUCUUGAGCUGUCACUUAGUUCACAAGUUCCAGUUACUUCCAGCGAAUGGUCUUGUUUAUUCCCUUUUUAAUCCGUUCUCUGUGGCAAAUAAGAGCACAAAAUCUGUGGUUCGCUUGGAGUGAAAUACUAACUUGGUCUUUCCCAAGCAUUAAGGAAACUUUUACACUACUUUAUACUGUCCUCACAAUCUCAUAUGUGUCAGUGGUAUCAGUUCCAUCUGAAAAUACCAUUUGUAUGACAGGUGUGAUGCAGAAAUGCUGCUGUUUGCUUAAAGCACAGAUGAAGGAGGUAUUUCUGCAAUUUGGGGUAAGAAAAAUCAGUGUUAACUGUGGCAGGACAUAUGUUGUUUACACUCAAGUAUGAAGCUGCCUAUGGCUUCCUCCAGUGUCUUAUUUCCUCUAAUGCUAAGCAUUUAUUAGCUUGAUGUUUUAAGAAGCACUAAUUUAUAUUUGAAAUGUAUACUUUUAAAAAAGGUCCCACUCUUUUAUGAGGCAGUUUAAUAAUGAGUUCUUUCCAAGUUUUUAUUUCUGUUUAUAUUCAUACAUGUUGUGUGUAUGUCUGGGGAGAGGGAAGAAUGUGAAUAAUGUGGGAGAGGAAA